AGCAGUUCUUAUAUAAGAUGGAUGCUUCAAUUCCAACGCGCAGCACGACUGACAACUCUUGGUCCAGUUGCAGUUCGAGGAGAUCCACGAGGUGAUGGCGCGUUACAAGACGCUGGUGAGCAUGCACCAGGACCUCAUGCAGUCGGCGCAGGAGGGCCAGGAGAAGAUCGAGCGGGCCAAGGCGCGGCUGGCGCGCUACAUGGAGGAGAAGGACGACGAGAUCCUGCAGCACAACAACGAGCUGGCGCGCCUGCAGAUGCGCUUCGACCGCGCCCGCAGCGACGUCAUCAUCUGGGAAUCCCGCUGGGCGCACAUCCAGAACACCGCCGCCAAGAAGACCCUCUUGCUUGGCACCAUCAAGAUGGCAACGCUGAACCUCUUCCAGAUCGUGAGCAAGCAGCUGAAGGAGACAACCUUCGUGUCCCUGGAGGACACGCACAAACAGCUGGACAUGGUCCAGCAGUUCAUCCAGGACCUGUCGGACAUCUGGGCAGAGGUGAAGAAGAAGGACCAAACGCCGCAGAUCCGGGUUUAAGGAGCCGCCGUGAGCAGCGACGGAGAGAGAAGUUCCCGAUGAGCUUGUGGUCAGUCAGCCAGUCCGGCCCUCUGGGACCUGCGCCUUUCUGCUGGCAGACACCCUGCCGGGUUUCCCCUCGGGCCUCAGCCCGCCCUCCCCUGUGCACAUUAAAUUCGAUACGUUUGUUCCUAA